CUCGCCUCUACGAUGGACGAUCAAGAAUUAGCAGCGAUCCGAGCCGCUCGACUACAGCAACUCCGUCAAAAUGCAUCACCACCCGGCCAAACCUCUUCCUCUUCGCCUCAGGGAUUCCCAUCACCACCUGGAGGCGGAAAUAAUGACCCAGACGCAGAAGCGAAACGCGCGGCUGAAGAGCAGAUGAGGAGAGAUUUAUUGGCGACUGUGCUUGAUCAGAAGGCUCGGGAGAGAUUGGCGAGGAUAGCGCUUGUGAGCCCUACGAGGUCUUCGCAGAUGGAGACUAUUCUACUGCGAAUGGCUCAAACUGGGCAGUUGAGAGGGCGUGUAGGCGAGGAUCAGCUGAUAAGUCUCCUGGAACAGGCCGAGGAUGCGCAGUCUAAGGUUGGAGCUAAGAAGGGAGCCAUUGUCUACCAGCGUCGGAAAGAGUUGGACGAUGAGAAUGAUGAUUUCGAUUUCGAUCUGUAACAGGUAGUAUUUCUUGACAUAUGAGUCUACCUACUACCUGGAUCAUUGCCAGCACAAAACCUAUUUUAAUUUAUGUACUGCUCCUGACAAAUGAAGCAAAUAAAUGAAACUUUGUUAUAUUU